CCAGCCAGCCAGCCGCCAGCCUCUCCUUUCCUCCGGAGCGCAGCAGCCGUCGCCCCCGCGGAAGAUGAAGGCGCCCCUGGCCGUCCUCCUGACCGCCUGCCUCUGCCUGGACGGCGUUUUCUCACUGGUCUGUUGGUCAUGCAACGAGGUCGAAUCGAACUGGGACUGCUGGAGGAUGCAGGUCUGUUCCAAUGAGGACAACUACUGCGUCACCACGUAUACCGGUGCUGGGAUUGGUGGAUAUUCUUCACAGUCAAUCAGCAAGGGCUGUGUGCCGGUUUGCCCACGCGGCGGGAUCGAUAUUGGCAUCGCGGCCAUGUCGAUCAACUGCUGUUCCUCGUUUUUGUGCAAUAUCAGCGGGGCCAACAGCAUCCACAUCAACCACCUGCUGUUGGCCUUGGCUACGCUCGCCAGUUUCUUCUAUCUCUUUGGACCCAGGCUGUGAUGGAGAUGCAUCUCCUCCGGCUGCAUCGAGCGGCCGAACGUGGUCCAGAAAUUGCUUCUUGAGAAUGCCAUUUGACGGUUCUUUUUUUAAUCUGAUAUUUUACUAGGUUUAUGGUGAUUCUUUUCUUUGAGGGGGGGGGUUGUUUUCUAGCAUUGCUUGGUGUUGUCGGGAGAUGGAAACAUAGCCAAAAAAAAAAAAAGAGAGAGAGAGAGAGAGAGAAGCUUUUGGGCCACAACUUCUCAAGUCAACUUUUUUAAGCUGUGUGGACUUCAACUCCCAGAAUUCCC